AUGGAUUUAAGAAGAGAAGACGGAAGGGCAUUAUGCUCAUCCCUAAAAAAGCUGAUCAACCUUCGCUCUCUAUUUGUUCAGUCCGUACAAAGUGAUGAGAUCAUUGAUCUAAUGUCUUUAACUUUGCCUCCUCCAUUGCUACAAAAGCUACAGUUGAAAGGACGUCUAGAGAAGUUACCACAUUGGAUUCCUUCUCUUCAUAGCCUGGUGAAAGUCAAGUUAUGGUAUAGCAGGGUAAUGGAUAGCCAUCUACAACGCCUACAAGAUUUGCCCAAUCUCCUAGAACUUGACUUCAGGUGCGCUUAUGAUGGAGAAACAUUGUGUUUCAUGGCCGGAAAGUUUCGGAGGCUCAAGCGGUUAUCGCUUGCUAUGAUGGAAAAGUUGACAAGGGCUACAGUGGAGCAUGGCGCCAUGCCUAAUCUUGUAAAGCUAUCUAUUACAGGAUGUGAUAACUUGGAGGAGUUGCCAUCAGGAAUUGAACAUCUAAUCAAUCUUCAAUUGCGUUAUCCAGGAGUAGCACUUCUUCAUGGGUUGACACCUUGCAGAAUCAAGACAAAGAAA